UUUCUUUUUCUUUAUACAAUUUUUUUAUAUUUUGUUGAAAUUUCUCUCUUUUGUGUACAAGACUUGCAUCUCCGUAUUCAACAAUGCAUGAUCUUCCGAUCCAAUAACUAAUGUUGGAGGCAAUGGAGAGUUCCUUAAACGGCGGCGGUGGUUUCUCUCAGUUACAGAGUUGCGGAGACAGUAACGAAGAAGAGUUCUCGGUGUUACCAUGUCAUACCGAAGUGGUUGUCACCGGGAAUAACCGUACUAAAUUGUUUCUCGUUGUUCUUCAUGGCGUGGUCAAGAAGGUUGUCGGACUUGGCGGGUGGCAUUGGCUGGUUCUUACUAAUGGCAUAGAAGUGAAGCUACAAAGCAAUGCACUCAGCGUAAUUGAAGCACCUACUGGUAAUGAAGAGGACGACGAUCUUGAAUUCGGAAACAUGCAGUGUAAUGGAUCAGACAUGGUUAGUUGUUUUCUUUCGAAAUUCUCAGCAGUGGAAAAGAUAUUUUGUUUGCUUGUGUCGUCGAGUACUCGAGCAGUGCUGUGUGUUAGACCUCUCUGCCUCGGAUGGUGGUGCUAUGCUUAUCAUCGUUAAUGGCUUUUGAUCUCUAGAUAUACUUAAUUUUGUGAUCAACCAUUCAAGCGUAUGAUUUUGGAUGAUAAUUUAUUUGCAGUGAAAUGUGGUUGAGCCUGGAACCUAGGAUCCUCUGUGUCUUCACUUACUUUUGCUAUUUCAAAAAACUUCA